CUACUUUUGCUGGCAUAUUAAGAAGCCUUUCUGGAGAGAUUACGGUAUCAAAGCCGUGCAUCUGUCUGCAGUUACUGUGCUGUUCUGAGCGUUUGAAGCGGUUUGGGGAGAGCCGGCGAGGGCUAUGUGCACAGGCUGUGCAUCCCCGCCGGACUGUGCACGCUGGGUUUGUGUCCCCACGGAGCGGCGGGGCAGGCUCUGCACCGGGGACUACCUGAGCGCUUUGAUUGCAGUAUCUUGAGUCGGGAGGAGAAAGGUGUGUGAGAUGAUUUUUUUUUUUUUUAAUCAACUUUCUAAAGGGUGCUCCUUGCUUGCUAUUGAUGAUGGCAUUAUUUUUUUUUCCCUUCAGUUAUGAGGAAGUCACGUUCGUGUCUGUUUAUUCGUAUUUUAAUUGUGGUUUUGUUGUUUUUUCUUCUUUUUUUUACCUUUUUUUUUUUUUUUUUUUUUUUUUUUUAAGUUUCAGGUCGUGGGAGAGCCUCUCUUCUUCCCCUUAGUGGAAAUACCCAUAAAACCUGUGUUUGAAACUAUUGCUCGACCCAAAUCAGCAAAAAGAGACCCGUAAUGCCAGGAAUGGUCAGUAAAAACCCAGACCUCGAGUUCGACUCUUUGCAGCCCUGUUUCUACCCGGACGAAGAUGACUUUUAUUUGUGCGGGCCGGACUCCGCUCCCCCCGGCGAGGACAUCUGGAAAAAGUUCGAGCUGCUGCCCACCCCUCCUCUGUCUCCCAGCCGGGCCGGGCUCCAGGAGCACCCUCCGGGGGGGGGCCCGGCGCCGUGGGGAGGGGCGGCUCUUUGGGGCUGCCGCCCCACCGACCCCGUGGACUGGGCAUCGGAGCUGCUCCUGCUGCCCCCCGAGGCCGACCUGUGGGGCGGCGUGGACGGAGGGGACUUCUUCGAGACGAGCCCCGGCGUGACGAACAAUCUCAACUCCAUCAUCAUCCAGGACUGCAUGUGGAGCGGCUUCUCCGCGCGCGAGAAGCUGGAGCGGGCGGUGAGCGAGAAGCUGCAGAGCAAGGCGCCCGCCGCGCCGCCGCCCCCGGGGGCCGCGGGCAGCCCCGCCAGCGCCCGCGCGGAGCUGGGCGGCGCCGUGCCCGAGUGCGUGGACCCGGCCGUGGUCUUCCCCUUCCCCGUCAACAAGCGGGAGGCGCCGGCGGCGGGCGGAGGGGCUCCGCGGGGCGGCCGCCCGCCGCGCCCCGCCGGGGACAGCCGGGCGAGCAGCAGCAGCAGCAGCUCCUCCGGGGACGACACGCUCAGCGACUCGGAUGAUGAAGAUGAGGAGGAAGAGGAUGAAGAAGAAGAAAUAGAUGUUGUCACAGUGGAGAAAAGACGCUCCUCCAGCAACAAGUCUGUUACCACCCUUACUAUUACAGUGCGUCCUAAAAAUACCACUUUUUCAUCGGUCAGGACACAGCAGAAUGGACUGAUACUAAAACGUUGUGCCCCAAUUCACCAGCAGCAUAAUUAUGCCGCUCCUUCUCCAUUUGUGGAGACUGAAGAGGCUCCACCACAGAAAAAGUUAAAAAUUGAGGUGCCCCGUCCAGUGAAACCCACGAUCCAACCAAAGCCUAAGAGUUCAAGUCCUCGAAACUCUGAUUCAGAGGACAGUGAACGUAGACGCAACCAUAACAUCCUGGAGCGUCAACGACGUAAUGAUCUACGGUCAAGUUUCCUCACAUUAAGGGACCAUGUUCCAGAACUGGUUAAAAAUGACAAAGCUGCAAAAGUUGUAAUCUUGAAAAAAGCCACUGAAUACGUUCAUUCUCUUCAAGCAGAGGAGCAGAAGUUACUGCUAGAAAAGGAAAAAUUACAAGCCAGACAAGAACAAUUGCUAAAGAAAAUAGAUUACAAGAGGACUUGCUGAACUUUUGUUUUUGUUUUGUUGUUUUUUGUUUGGUUUUUUGUUUUUUUUUUUUUUUUUUUUUUUUGGCUGAUCAGGACAGUCAUUGCCACUUUGCACAUUUUUGAUUCUUUAUUAAAAAAAUUGUGUUUUUUGACGUUAAGAAUGUUGGUUUUAAUUUCAAUCCAGUCCCUGAAGUAAUCGACAGACUAUAUUAUCCGGGUACGGAGCAAAUGGAUGUUCUUGCAAGGAGUUUAUUGCGAGACUACCGAACAACAAUGGACUGCCUUUUGUUUUUUCUUCUUAAGAACUGUAGAUGGUGGGGAUUUUUUUUUUUUAAGUGUUGUGAGCAUUUGGAGCUGCUGAUGACAUCUAAUUGAGUUUUAAAAUGUUCAUUCCUAAGUUUAAUGGUGCUUAUGUUCCAACAGAUGUUACUUUAGGGGUUGGCAUUUUGUACCCCUGUGGGAAUUUCUGUAAAUACCAUCUACACACUUGCCUUUUGUACAUGUCUUGGGUUAUGAGAGGUGGCUUUUGCUGCCAGUAUUAGACUGGAAGUUCAUACCUAAGUACUGUAAUACCUCAAUGUUUGAGGAGCAUGUUUUUGUAUACAAAUAUAUUGUUAAUCUCUGUUAUGUACUGUACUAAUUCUUACAUUGCCUGUAUACUUUAGUAUGAUGCUGAUACAUAACUAAAUUUGAUACUUAUAUUUUCGUAUGAAAAUGAGUUGUGAAAGUUUUGAGUAGAUAUUACUUUAUCACUUUUUUGAACUAAGAAACUUUUGUAAAGAAAUUUACUAU